UGUUUCAUCAUCGUUGUUGUUGAAGCGGCAGCCAGAGUUUUUCAGAUCUUUUUUAGUUUUAUUUUAUUUUUUGAGACCAUCUUCUUGAUUAUUUUACGUGCGAAUUAAAAAAGAAAGUAAGGACUAUAGCAAGAAUCGAUCCUUUGUGUCAUGGAUCAAUGUUUUGAGCUCUCUGACUAGCUAAACGUCACACUUUUAUCUCCAAGCCCGGGUCGCUGCUGGAACUUGCGUCGAGCCCUGGACUGUGAUUGUUUCUUCUUUGAUUGCAGCCGUUAAUCAAGCCAACAUGUCGUCCGUUAAAGUGGCCGUUCGUGUGCGGCCAUUCAAUAGCCGGGAAAUCAACCGUGAUUCGAAAUGCAUUAUCGAGAUGGUCGACAACACCACAAUCAUUACCAACCCGAAGGUUCCAGCUGGAUCCAAGGAGGCUUCCAAAAGCUUCAACUUUGAUUACUCUUAUUGGUCGCAUGACCCUCAAGAUUCCAACUUUGCACCGCAGAUCAAUGUCUACAAAGACAUUGGCGAGGAGAUGCUUGAUCACGCCUUCGAAGGUUACAAUGUUUGCAUCUUUGCCUACGGCCAAACGGGAGCCGGAAAGUCGUUUACAAUGAUGGGCAAGCAGGAAGAAGGCCAAGAAGGAAUCAUCCCACAAUUAUGCAUGGACCUUUUUGGCCGAAUCAAUAGCGACACUAACGAAGAUAUACAGUACUCGGUCGAGGUUAGUUAUAUGGAGAUUUAUUGCGAACGCGUUCGUGACUUGCUCAAUCCCAAAAAUAAAAACAACUUGCGCGUCCGUGAACACCCUCUCUUGGGACCGUACGUCGAGGAUCUCUCCAAGUUGGCUGUGACUUGUUUCGACGACAUCAACGAGCUUAUCGAUGAAGGCAACAAAGCCAGGACAGUGGCAGCCACGAACAUGAACGAAACCUCUAGUCGAUCCCAUGCCGUUUUCACGCUGAUUUUCACGCAGCGGCGUUUCGAUCAAACAACAAGUCUGUCGACGGAGAAAGUCAGCAAAAUAUCUUUGGUGGAUUUGGCCGGUUCGGAAAGAGCCGACGCUACCGGCGCAAAAGGCACACGCUUAAAAGAAGGAGCCAAUAUCAACAAAAGUCUCACUACUCUCGGCAAAGUCAUCUCAGCUCUAGCAGAAAUUACGGCCAUGAAAAAGAAGAAAAAAGGCGAUCACAUUCCAUAUCGUGAUUCAGUUUUAACCUGGCUUCUUCGGGAGAAUCUCGGGGGCAAUUCAAAGACCGCCAUGAUAGCUGCCAUCUCUCCAGCGGAUAUCAAUUACGAAGAGACGCUUUCUACGCUCAGGUACGCCGAUCGAGCAAAGCAGAUCGUUUGUAAGGCAGUGGUUAACGAAGAUGCAAACGCUAAACUCAUCCGAGAACUGAAAGAGGAAAUCUCUCGACUUCGGGAGCUUUUGCGGGUUGAAGGCAUCGACGUUGAAGAAGGUCCCGACGGACAAAUCAUACGGGUGCUCGACACCAGGGAAAAUAAGGACCAGAAUCGAGCGGAGAAUGGUGGACAAGGGCAAACUGGAACAGCUUCGGUAGGCGAACCACAACGUCCUAGACUGGCGUCGGUUCCGUCACGAGCCGAAGAUGCUGUCGACCAGCUUCAAGAAAACGAGAAGCUGAUUGCCGAAUUGAACGAGACGUGGGAAGACAAAUUGAAGCGGACGGAAAUGAUUCGAUUACAGCGUGAAGCUGUUUUUGCCGAAAUGGGUGUGGCUGUCAAGGAAGAUGGAGACACUGUGGGCGUUUUCUCACCCAAAAAGACGCCGCAUUUAGUCAACUUGAACGAGGAUCCUUUCAUGUCCGAAUGCCUCCUCUACUACAUCAAAGAUGGAAUUACAAGAGUCGGGUCGACGGAUGCCAGCAUUCCGCAAGAUAUCCAACUGUGCGGCCCACACAUCCUGAGCGAGCAUUGCAUCUUUGAAAAUCGCGAAGGAUUGGUUUUAAUGGCGCCGGCUCCAGACGCCCUGUGCUACGUGAACGGCCGGGUCAUCACUGAGCCAGUUCUGCUACGAACGGGCAAUCGUGUCAUCUUGGGAAAGCAUCACGUCUUCCGGUUCAAUCAUCCAGGUCAGCCUCGAGAGGCAUCGGCAAAGUCAGCCAGUAGAUCGCCCGCCGAAACGCCUGUUCUCCUGGAGAAUGUCGAUUGGAAUUUCGCCCAAAUUGAACUGCUAGAAAAACAAGGAAUCGAUUUGAAACUGGAAAUGGAGCAACGGCUGAUGGUCCUAGAGGAACUCCAUCGCAAAGAAAAAGAAGAAGCCGAUCAGCUUUUCGCUGAACAACGGAAAAAUUACGAGGCUCAGAUUGAUGCCCUUCAGCGCAAAGUCGAAGAACAAACUAUGACCAUGUCGUUGUACAGCACUUGCACGUCAGACGACGCCAUCGAUGAUGCCAUCUUUGUCAAUCCGCUGUUUGAAGCUGAAUGUUGCUGGACAGACCGUCAGUAUCAAAUGGCCGCUUGGGGGUAUCACAAAUGGAAGUUUCAUCAGUUCACUUCCCUGCGGGAUGAUCUGUGGGGCAACGCCGUUUUCCUGAAAGAGGCUAAUGCAAUUUCGGUAGAGUUGAGGAAGAGAGUGACGUUUCAGUUCAUAUUGUUAACCGAUACGGCCUAUUCGCCGUUGCCCAGAGAACUACAAGAUCAACACCACGUGGUGGCUUCGUCGCCUUCGUCCACUCCUUCUUCUCACAGGAUCUGCGACCCUUGGUCUCAGGAAUCUGGCCGACGCACUAUCGUCGCCGUUGAAGUGCAAGACAACCAAAACGGAGCCGUUCACUAUUGGAGUCUUACAAAACUGCGUCAGAGAUUGGAGCUGAUGCGCGAAAUGUGUCGUAAUGAAGCGGAAAAAUCGCCAAGCCAAUCUCCCGGAUCGGCUCCAGCGAGUCAAAACCAGUCGGUCGACAACUCGACCAUCAGCGGAAAUGAUCCCUUCUACGACCGUUUUCCCUGGUUCCGGCUAGUUGGACGAGCCUUUGUCUUGCUGGGCAGCUUGCUCUAUCCUGUUCCGUUGGUUCACAACGUGCCCAUCGUUAACGAGAAAGGCGACGUGAGGGGAUAUCUUCGGGUAGCCGUCCAGGCUGUGCUCGACGACGAGAAUGGCGACUAUUCAAGCGGAGUCAAACAGUCGGCUAGGAUUUCUUUCGCCGAGAGAAACAGAGAAAAGAGUCAAACUUUUUCGCACUACUUGGAUGACCAACAAACCAAAGAGGCUGAAGGCGAAGAGGAGGAAUGCCGUCGAGUCGUCGAGGGGCACGGCCGCGGCGAGGAUUCCAGCGGAUUAGAAUCUUCCAGUCAGGACGAGCAACUCAACUCUGGCGAAAAUGACGUUGGAAAGGAUGUCGAGUCGGUCUUGGCCGGGCAUUUGUCUGUCGGGCGAGAUUUUACAUUCCGCAUUACCAUUUUGCACGCCGUCAACAUUCCCACGGAGUACAGCGACAUUUUCUGUCAAUUUCACUUUGUCCACCAUCAAGACGAGGCCUUUUCGACCGAACCGAUCCGCAACAAUUCCGCCAACCGGGGCAAUGGCGCUCCUCUCAGUUUCUACCACGUCCAGAACAUCACCGUCAAAGUGACAAAAACAUUUGUCGAUUACCUUCGCAGCCAACCUCUCGUCCUGGAGGUCUACGGUCAUCUGCAACAGUCGCUUUCUCGCGACAGGGCCGUCAAUUCAGUUGGCCUCCAAUCGAGCGGCAGUCGUCUGCCUCCAAAACGGAUGCUUCCGCCUCUGUUGCCCGUCAGUCAGCCUUUGCGAUCCACCAAGUUUGGUUUGCUUCCCCCAAGUCCUACAUGUCAGGUGGAUGCCAAACACGAUCUCUUGGUGUGGGUGGAAAUUUUGGAAUUGGCUUCCAGUGGCGAAUACCUUCCGGUGAUGGUGGAACGUAAUCCGGAUCUGCCGUGCCGCAGCGAAUUUAUUCUCCGCCAAGGUCUACAACGUCGUAUCCGCAUUACCCUCGUCCACGAGGUCACCGAAGAGCUGAACUGGAACGAUGUUCGGGAACUGGUUGUGGGAAGAAUUCGCACGGGAGCCGAAUGCGACAACGUCGAUGAAAUUUACGAGAAUGACAUGUCGGUGGUCUCUCUGGGCCUCUUCCCUGGCGAAGUUCUCGAAUUUCCAGGUGACACGCGCCACUUCUAUCGGUUUGAAGCCGCUUGGGACUCGUCGUUGCACAACUCGGUGCUGCUCAACCGAGUCACGCCUUCCGGCGAGCACAUUUACUUGACCAUGUCGGCCUAUGUCCAGUUGGAUAAUUGCGAACAGCUGUCCGUCAUCACCAAGGACCUUUGCGUCACCAUUCUGGGUCGUGAUGCCCGCACAGGAACCCGUACCAUAAAGCAAUUCUUCCGGGGAAAUCGGCACUCUGAGUCGACUCGGAUGUCGGGUAUCUACGAAGUCCUGAUGAGACGCGUGUCCGGCCACGGCAACGGCAAUGGAGCAGGCAGUCCUGGUAUCCAGAGAAGACAAAGACGCGUCAUGGACACUAGCGCCUGCUACGUACGCGGCGAAGAGAAUUUGGAUGGAUGGCGUCCCCGAGGUGACUCGCUCAUCUUUGACCACCAAUGGGAGCUGGAAAAGUUGUCGCGCUUGGAGGCAGUUGGUCGGACCCGUUAUUGGCUUCUUUUGCGUGAACGACUUGGUUUAGAUGGAAAGACAAAUGCUGCGGCUUCCAGCAAAUUAUUGCGAUCUGUUGGCCAAGAUAUUACCAAAUCUGAAAAGGAAAUGUGCAAUAUGAUGGCCAAAGCGCACACAACCGAAGUCAUAAAAUCACCGUCUGCUCCUCCAUCGCCUCCCUCUGUUCCUCUUGCUGGGAACAGACCGGAUGGUAUUGAUCCUUAUCAGCCGUGGCAGAUGACGGAUCGCGAGCGAGAGAUAUCCACCAAAUACAUCAACUUAAUCCAAGGGAAACGCAUUCGGAAGGAUCCUUCCUUGCUCUCGCUUACUCCACUAGAUGGAAGUAAUAAUAUAAUGGCCAACAACAGCAACCCGCUAUCGCCUGAGACGCCGUCCGGUAACGGUCCCGUACUCUACAUCCCUUCACCAGGCCAAGAGAGUCGGGCCUUUAUUCCCAACGCUUCUUACACAGUGGAUCCGCAAGCGUCAUCCGCCAGCAACAACAAUUGUUUCGUGGCUGAUAUUGAAGAGGUGCGCGUCAGUCCAGUAGUGUCUCGACGAGGUCUACUCAGCGUGUUGGAAAAAGGAGCCUUGGGCUGGGUUCGACGUUGGGUGGUUGUCCGUCGGCCCUAUGUCCUUCUUUACAAGGAUGAGAAGGAUUGCAUCGAGCGCGGUGUCAUCAAUCUGAGUACUGCUAUUGUUGAAUAUUCGGAAGAUCAAGAAGAUGUUGGAAUGGUCAAUGUUUUCAGCGUCAUCACCAAGCACCGCCAGUAUCUAAUGCAAACACCGUCGGAUAAGGAGCUUUACGAUUGGUUGUACGCCAUGAACCCGUUGUUGGCGGGCCAAAUUAGAUCUCGAUUGGCACGCUGCCAACCUGGAGUCGCACCUCCGAAUAAACUAGUAGCGUCCACUUUACCAUUAGCAGCCAAUUAAUAGGUCCGAUCCGCCAAUAGUCUCCUGUUUCAGUCUUUCAGCCUGAAAUUUCAUAGACAAUGGCUUGUUGAAUGCCAUGAGACGAGACGUAAUAAGGCUUCCUAUAUACUGCAACAAGAGAGAUGAUUAGCUUCAAGAGGGGAAAGAAAAUAACGGCAUUUGCUACCGUACGUAUGUGUGUGUGGGUUGGUCGUCGAUCUGUGUUUAUUUCCAUCAAUGAUCUCGCUGGCGUUCGCCUUUUGGUCCUGUUUAAAAUAAGUGUGAAUUGCUUGAUUUCUAAAUCCAGCCCUCCUUCACUUUCUCGUUAUUAACUUAUUAUUAUGUACAGCUACAGCAACCAGCAAGCAGCUUUCCUUGUCUUUUUUUUGGUUCCAAUUCGCCAUCACUAAGAUUGAGUCAAUGUUUUCACAGCUAUUUUGCGCUUUUCUUGCUUUGUUUACAUUUUCUUCUUGGUUCUUCAGCUCCUCGGAUAGGAUCCACUAUUCUAAAAUAAUACUAAUAAUACUGCAAUUAUUGUAAUGUGCACUUUUGUGCUCGACGCUUUCAUCUCAUCGUUCACCGCGUCCGUGCUGCUGCUGGUGGUUUGCCUAAAUCUAAAAAUUAAAAAGAGACCAAAAUAAAUAGUCAAGUGGUGUCCAA